CUGGUCCCUGAACACUGACAAACACUGUUCCUUCCUUCUUCCUCUCCUCCGCCGUUCUCCGAAACUCAAAAACUGUGCGGAACAAACUCCAUAGCUCGUUCUUCAGGUAUGCCUCUCAAAACACGAACUAUUUCUUCGUCUUUGCACGAUCUUACAUCCAUUUUCACUUCUCCACACCACAACCUUCAAACGAAACCGAUUUCAAGCCUGAAAGUGGCCUGGCGAAAGGACCGGAAGCUAGACAAGGCCAUAGAGAACGACAAACGGUACAAAAUAUGUGCCCGGGUCGUGAAAGAGGUCCUCAACGAACCGGGCCAAGUGAUCCCACUUCGGUACUUAGAAAAACGGCGCGAGAGAUUGCGCCUCAACAUCAGGGUCAGAACCUUUCUUAACCAAAAUCCUAGCUUGUUCGAUGUUUACUAUGAUAGGAUCAAACCCAAGUCCCAAUCCGUUAAGUUUCUUCGCGUCAGCGAUCGGCUUAAACAGUUUCUGGAGGAAGAGAGAAGGAUAGUUAAGGAUAAUGAGCCUUUGAUUGUAUCGAAAUUGUGUAAAUUGUUGAUGAUGUCUAAGGAUAAGGUGCUCAGUGCUGAGAAAUUGGUUAAUGUGAAGAGGGAAUUUGGGUUCCCAAACGAUUUUUUGGUCAAUUUGGUGCCGAGAUAUUCGAAGUAUUUUAGGUUAAUUGGGUGCCCUGAUGAAGGGAAUGCGUUCUUGGAAUUGGUUUCGUGGAAUCCGGAGUUUGCGAAAUCGGUGAUUGAGAGAAGAGCAGAAGAGGAACCGAAGUUGACCGGAAUCCAGGUCAGGCCUAAUUUCCAUUACAAGCUCCCAACCGGGUAUUUUUUGAAGAAGGAAAUGAGGGAAUGGGUUAGGGAUUGGUUGGAGCUUGAUUACAUUUCGCCGUAUGAGGAUGUCUCGCAUUUGGAUCAGGCGUCGCCGGAGAUGGAGAAGAGAAGCGUCGGGGUCUUCCACGAGUUGUUGUCUUUGUCCCUGCUUAAGAGGGUUCCAGUUCCGCUUCUUGGCAAGUUCGGGGAGGAGUACCGAUUUUCGAAUGCUUUCUCGAAUGUGUUCACGAGGCAUUCAGGGAUUUUCUACAUUUCGUUGAAAGGCGGGAUUAAGACGGCGGUGCUGAGGGAAGCUUACGAGGAUGAUCAGUUGGUGGACCGCGAUCCGCUGCUCGAGAUAAAGGAUAAGUUUGGAGAGCUUUUGGCGGAAGGUUGGCGAGAGAGAGACGAGCAGUUGAAAUUGCAGAGGGAGGAGACUGAUGAAGACGACAUGGAAAUGGUGGCUGUAAGGAAUGAUGAGUAGAAGAAGAUUUGCAUCAACAAGAAGAAAAAAUGUUGACCAUGAAAGGGGAAUUUCACGAAUGAAUAUGAUGUGAGAUAAAUGUGUUAUUGACAAUAUGAUAAAUCUACAUUGUGAGAUGAAACAUGCUAGUGACUGUUACUAGAUUAAAGCUUCAUGCUCUAUAAGAAAUUUUCAGAAGUUGAUUGUUGAACUUGAUUCAUUGGUUCCGAAUGUGAAACUAUCGGUGAUAUUCAGAGAAGCAUCAUGGCCAUGCUCUGGUUUGUUCGCUUACAAGAAGCCUGCGCUGUAUUGGAGAACUUUGAAUAUCAGAUACUCCUUUGAAGUUUGAAUUCCUGACCAUGUGUUGUUAGAAUAUGGCAGACUAAGGGAUAGAUUAAGGCCGAAGAGAGUUGGAAAUACUAUAUCUAGAGCAUAACAGCAUCAGAUUUACAUAUCGCUUUGAGACUCUUGAAUUUACACUUCUUUAAACAUGAGAGAGCAUCAGAUGGUUCACACUUCAUACUUGAUGACCAUGUCCAAGAGGUCUCUUAGUUCUAUAAAAUUUGUAGACAGCAAUGCAUAAUGUAUUCUUUUUCGAAAUUUAAUGUAUUCAUUUCUUUUAUUUUAUUUUUUAGCCGAUUGAGCUCGUGUUUAGUGAUUGUGAGUUUAUUUCAAUGUGUUGAGUUCUGGGCUCAAGUUCCGGCGGAUAAAUUAACUGUGUGUUUGUAAUGACUAUGUCAGUGUGUUUCAGCAUUGACGCUUGGCAAAAUGCAGCUUCACAAUUUUUAGU